AUGACCGCCGCCACUGAGGCAGAACCAUCGACUGGAACCGUGUGCGAGGUGAUCAGCGAGGCCAGUGCCACACCACACACGCCUGCCGCGAUGUGGAGGGCAGCUUCGGCCUGGAGACUAUCCUGUGACGCUUCGAGUGCCGUGAUCAAGAAGAACCCGGUGCUUCCCCCUCCACCGGCUACUCCAUGGACUUUCGAGGGCUCAUCCGUGGCCUGUCUGUGCGCCAUCUCCAGGAACAACUUGAGAACUGCAAGCAACCUUUUCGACAGGAUACUUGGCGAUGGACUGCCGCCAGUGACGGCUUCAUCCGCCACCAUCAGAACCGUCCUCAUUUUGGCUUACAACUCAAGCGUGGACCACAGUCUGCUCUUCAGACGGGACCCAGGUUAUGUGUCGUUAGAUUCGGGGCGCCGCCAUGACAGUUCUUCUUCUGACUGUGAGAGUCUGCAGCUCAGGGCCAUCUGUGCAAUCUGA